CAGGUGAAGGGUCACGGAGGCCGGAGCCGGUGUCUGGCUGGCGGGCUGGCAAGCAGAACUGGGACGGCCGGGAGUCCGGAAUUUCCAUCAGGCUCCCCCUCCAUGGCGGCCCGCCGGCUCCGGGAAGUCUUUCAACAGGCAGCGCGAGGAAGGCUGAGAUCGAGGGCGCCCCCGGCUGGCAGUUCCAGGUGCAUGACUUCCUGUGGAAUUCUGAUGAUCCGAACCCCGCAUGCCAUUGGCAGUCUUGAUUGGGACCUUAGUGCUCAGCACAGCCGGACAUUUAUCAACUUCACAGGGCCUUUCACCAAUAAACGAAAGGAGUACUCAGAAAGGAGGAUCAUUGGUUACUCCAUGCAGGAGAUGUAUGGUGUGGUAUCCAAUGUGGAAGAAUACAAGGAAUUUGUGCCAUGGUGUAAGAAAUCAGUUGUGGUCUCUAAGCGUACAGGCCAUCUGAAAGCCCAGCUGGAAGUUGGAUUCCCUCCAGUUGUGGAACGUUACACAUCCAUUGUCACUCUGGUCCGACCACAUCUAGUGAAGGCUGUCUGCACAGAUGGCAAGCUUUUUAACCACCUGGAGUCAAUUUGGCGUUUCAGCCCUGGCAUCCCAGGCUACCCUCGCACGUGCACGGUGGACUUCUCGAUUUCUUUUGAGUUCCGUUCCCUGCUGCACUCACAGCUGGCUACAGUUUUCUUCGACGAGGUGGUCAAGAAGAUGGUGGCAGCCUUUGAGCACCGGGCAGCCAAGAACUACGGUCCUGAGACCCACAUUCCCCGUGAGCUCAUGUUCCAUAAAGUCUACCAGACGUGAAGGCCACCCUGCUGCUCCGGUGGCCCCACGGACAUUCUGUGCUGCGGGGUGCACUCGUAACACACCAAACUUGUUUUUAUCUAUUUAUUUGGUUUCUCCUGGUAUCCUGUCUAAUUUAUCCACUGGGCCUGGUAUGAUGACAAAGACUUGUUCCUAAGGAAGGGGCCAGGCUGCCAUAUUACCUCUGGAGCAAUCUCUUAACCUUCUCUCUUGCCUAGCUGUGCUCUUAUGCUGGGUCAUUUGUAUAGUAGCACACUUUAUUUGAAGCUUCCCUCCCCCACUGUUUAAUUUAAAUCCCCAUCCCAUUUUCCACCAAUCACAUAUCCCAGCGUGGCUGCCUUAGGCUGCAAAUGGUGCCAAUCCCAGUUUCUUAUGGGAGAGGUGGGGAGAAGCUUGUGUGUGUGUCAUCCAGUUCUCUUCCUGUGCCUAGACAUGGGCUUGCUGUAAAUUGUGCCUCUUAAAUCAUGUGUGUAAAGCAAACAAACAAAUGCAGCCUGCCCUCCCCAACGUGACUGGGGCUGCCUCUUGGAUCAGGGGAGAGGCUGUUCCUGUUUCCUUGGUGGUUGGGUCCUCGCUGGCUCAGCCUGACCGCAGAAGGUUUGAAGCCACAUCAUGGGGAGGCAAAUGUGACCAAAGGAAGCCAGGCAGGCAGUUUAGCAGUGCUGAGUGGCUGGUUUUUGUUAUGGAGGUGGGUGGAAGGGGGAGUUUGGCCAGUGCUGCUGCUGCAUCCAACGUGGCCUCAUCUUCCUCACCCAAACGGUACCAUAUGCUUUGAUCAGCCAGGUAGCGGGGUAUGGACACACAGCUGUCCCGUGUUUGCCAAAAUUGGGUGGGCAGCUGCGUUCAAAGGAGUCCUGAAAGGAAAGUCAUGUGCCAAAUUUAAGGCAAAGGAAGUCAUGACUCAUGGAGCUUGAAUGUUUUUUAAAAAGAGAUAUUAGAAGCCCCCGGAUGGAUUUAUUUUGAGCUGGGAGGGAGCGAGGAAGAACACUUACUCUUGGAUUGCUACCAGAGCUUUUUGUAAAGUCAGGUUGCCAGGUCUUCUGGUUCCCCUGAAUCCAAAACUUCCGAAUGUCACCUGGAAUCUCAGCAGCCAAUGUCAUGUGCUCUCUUGGGGCAUGAAGUGACACUUCGUCUUGCUAACUGCCAAAGACUCCGUCUUCGGCAGUGAGAAAGCCAGUAACACUGCUGUGCCAACUAGCCAACUUCUUUAAUUGUCACUCUAUAUAAAGAGACUCUGAGAAGAGGUCUGAGCUGGUUGGGGACUGCAGCUUUGGCCACAAGGCCUGUACUUUCCCAGAAUCAUAGUUCCUCUGCCACUGAACCUUUCCAAACCAAGAGAAGUUGACUGUGCCUUGUGUAGUUUACUCAAAUGGAAGCUCCCAUUGAUGGAAUGUAAGAGAAGAGUGAGUAGUUUCCCACUGUUCCUGGUCUUGCUGGGAUGUGGAAGGAACUCUCUGGAAUCUACUUAUCCCCAGGGCAGUUCUGAACUCUGCUGAUUUGUCUCUUCUGGCCAGCAGUCAAAGUUGCAUGUUGCAGCCUUCCUGUUUGCCCCAUAGUGGCUCUGGAAAGCAGCUCCUAGUCCCAUAACCUCAUUGUCAGCAUCUCUAAAUUCGCUCACCCCCCUUUCAGAGAUCUAUUUGCAUUGCCGAUGGGGACCCGAUAUUGGAAGGUGACCUUUGUUAGGUGCACCUUUUGCAGAGACACUGGGUGCAUCUGAUUGUCAGGGUGGGGAGCAGAGCUCUGGCUCAGCCAUGUGCCUGGGGAGGGGAGGAAGCAGCAACUCUCGGUGUGGCCUUGAGCACAGUAGGCACGACACCGCACCUGUGGGGAUUGAAGUGGUGCUUGUGCAUGCUUUGGUGGAGAUGUGACAUUCGAUGAGUGUGGGAACGAGAGUGCUCACUUUGUAUGGUGUUGUCAUAACUUUGCAUUGACCAUGGCUUCCUGAGGCACUGGGCUCCAUAUGCAGGGAAUUUGGGGAGGGGUGGAUGAUACUUUUAAUGGGUAAGUGAGGUAUUAAUGUAACAAAUAAAAAGGCAGAACUUAGGGUUGGAGAAAUUCAAGGUGAUUGCUAAAUAUUGGGCCCUUGCUCAGCAGUCCGACCAUGUCCCUUGCUCAGCUCUUAGGGCCACACGGCACCACCCUCUGCCUUGUGUGGUUGGGCACAGCAGGGGCAGGGAGGGGUUCUUGGGGAAUUGGUUCAGAAGGGGUUUGGCACUGCAGAUGUGGCUAAAACUAUCAUCCCCUGAGCUUUUCCCCUCAGGACCGGAAUUCCCAGACAGGGUAUGGAUCACUGACAGGAGCCUGCCGUGUUUGGGUUGUGGGAGGCAAGCAGCAGAUGGACCAUUGGGAAGACCCUCCUUCUCGGAGUUGUAUCAUAGGGCUGCCUGCUUUGUUCCGUGGUACAGUGAACGAGGCUUCCUUUUCUAUGAAACCAGGCAAGUUACAUGCUUAGCUUUCUGGCUUUGUCUGCUCUUUCUGCUCCUUUCCCUCUGCAGCUGCAGCAUGGCUAUUGCCAUAACUCUGGGAACAAUGGUUUGCCUGUUCUGCCAUGUCAGGCUAGCAACCUGACUUUGAGGCAGUUCCCACGAGUGGUCGGCUGCCUCUUAUGCCACCCAGGAUUUGGAUGCCGGCUCUCUUGGUGCAAAGUUGUCUUGUAGUCACCUAACUGUAUGGACUGGUUCAUACAUUUGACACCCUUUGCAAAGAUGAUGUUACAGCAUGCUGCUCCUACCCAAACCAUUCUUCCUGUCUAUAUAUGUUCUUCCCCACCCUCCCUGCACCCAAAAUGUACUGAUGGAAGGAGGCUUAGCUCCAAAGAACAACACUUUAGACCGUUUGAAGCUCUUGGCUUGCUCUUUGCCCUAGUUUCUGCCAGUGCGUUCUACACAACCGAAACCAUCGUUUAUAUUACGUGUACACACCCACCACCCUCCAGCAAAGGAAAUGCAUACAUUUUUAAGGCCAGUGUUUCCCAGAAUGCUGGUCUGAGCACGUAGCUUCUCAUUUUCCUUUUCAAGAGGCAUAGUUGCUUGUGGGGAAGGCACCACAAGGGAUCCAAGAUACCUGGGAAGAAGUCGUGAACAAUUGGAGGGUCCACCAAGUAUGCCCUGUCUUCUAUGAAUGAAAAACUGCAAGGUUAGAACUUCACCUUCCUGCUUAGCCGCCCUUGUUAGCUGACAUGAGUGCACUGUGGAGAGGAGUUGCAACUGGGAUGGCCCAAGGGAUGAAGUUCCUUUGGCAAUGUGGGUGGAAAGCAACCCUCGAAUUUCAGUCCAGUGAUGUGACUAGCAUGACCACUGAGGCAAUGCAUGACCAUCCAAUAUGCUCCUCCUGCCAUGCUUUAAACAAAGCCUCGUUUGAACCCACGUUUUUCAUAUACGUGUUGUGUCAGAAGGAGAAUUUGAGUUGGCCAGGAAAGUCCCAGCUUCAGAUCUCUCUCCUUCCGACUUGACUAUUAUUACAAGUGGCUUGGGGAUAGAUUGUCAUCUAUCCUGCCAGAAAUGAUAGCUGGGGGGGGGGGGCAGAACUGAAAACCAGCAUUUGAAAACAUUUGGUAUACCGAUGUGCAGUCAUGCCCACCCCCAGUGCCUUCCGGAUGUGUUUGAACUGCAACUCUCAUGAUUCCCCCAUGCCUGCGGGGAAUCAUGGGAGUUGUGGUCCAAUACAUCCAGAGGGCACUUGGUUGGGGAAGGCUGGUGAAAGGAUGCUUUGGCAAUAAUUCACACAGAUGCCACUUGCAUGGUCUGGCAAUCUUACUGUAAAGCCAUGGCUGUUCGCCUUUCUGACAAAGGCUACAAUCCUGUUUGUGCUUUAUUUGGGAAUUAGUCCCAUUGAAUUUGGUGGGACUUGCUUCUGUGUAAAUGCACUUAGGAUUCCACUUAAUUUGUCUGAUUGCCAGCUGUGUCAGAGUCUGGGGGUUGUUGGAGGGCUUUGAUUACAUAAAAGCCUUGUGGUUACUUAUAAGCUAGUUUGCAUUGCAGUGGGCUUGCUCUUCCCUGCUGUGAAGUUAUAUACUGACCUGCUGCUAUUCCAGGAGUACAGAAAAAAUGUAAAUAUGAUUAUUUGAUGCAGAUUUUACCUUCUGGAGAAACUCAUCUUUUUUUCUUUGUUUUAAAAAACAAUUUUCUAGUUUUUCUACACUGUUACAAUAUACUUAAAAAUGUUUAGGUAAUACUUGAGGAAAACUCAGAAGCCAGAGAGGUGGCUAGAAAGACUGCUUUUCAAAGCAGAUCUAUUAUUGCCAGACAAUUUACUGAAUAUUUCCUUAUUUCUCAAGAGCCUCUUUCUCACUAUGGUGGAACUCUUCUCCAUACCCAUGAUUACAAACUCACUUUUUUAAAGCAACCCCUCCCCCGGAAAAAAAAAAUGGGAAGGAGAGCAAUGCAAUUUGCUCGUUGCAAGUCUGUUGGCUCCAAAGCACCACCUGAAACCUUACAAUUACAUGUUUGCUAAGCAGUAACCAAGUCCAGAUACUCUAAGCAAGACUUAGCAUGUUAUGUCAGGUUCUUGGAAGGUCAGCUAGCCUAGAAGUGGAUUAGUCUCUUCUCUCAAGCACCAGGAGAUAACUAGUGGUUCUGCUGCUUGAGAACCCAUGUGUCAUGGGUUACAUUUUCUGUAAUCUUACACUGUUACUCCCACUAAAUUGGAUAGAGAUUAGGUAGUGCACAAUGCUGAUCAAACUAAAGGCCUGAUGUAACUUCAGGUGUGGUUAUGCACAUAACUGACAUAGGUGCCAUGGUUAAGCUUAUCUUGUCAUUGCAAGUUUCCUGUUGGCUGUUGCUUAGCUUCAGGCACUGGCAAGAAAAGCCGUGUGCAGCCUUCUGCAACCUAGUGUCCAACACAUCUGGAGGGCUAUAAUUCUUAUUCGCCAGCCAGCAUAGCUAGGAAUUUUAGUCAGAUACAUUAGGAAGGCCAUUUCUCCACUGCAUAAAAGCAGCAAUGCUCUCUUUGUAGUUGCUAUUAUGAGUAUCUUCGCUUAAAGGCAGAUUCCACUCCCCUCCCUGCUCCUUGCCAACCCUUCAUGCAAUGAGCCUGGAGUUCUCCAGCUGCUCUGUUCAACAGUUGAUCCUGCUGCUCUUCCUGGACAAAGCAGCUUUAUCAUUAAUAUUGCAGUGCCUUGUGCUCUUACCUGUGCAGAUCUUCUUACUGGCCCCUGCUGCCUCAUGCUCCUUAGCCUGGUAUGUGCUACCUCAGCUUGUAAGAAAGGGGAUGCUUUUCAGAGGAAUAUUGUAGGGAGGGGGGGAGUGGAUGAAAUCAUGCACAAUAGGAGGAAAUAAUUAUUUUGCCCUACCCCUUGAACUGUGAAUCUUAUUUGAUAAUUGCAAAAUCUGAGAAUGUUCAAAAACUGAACCAAUCCCAAGAGCAUUUUUAUAGACCAAUAAAAAAAAGUUUGCAAAAGUUGACAAACCAUGUGGCUGGAAUGUUAUUGCGGGGUUCAGUAAGAGUGGUGUUGGUAGUGCUAGGCACUGUGGAAAAGUCUUCAGCAUGCAUGAGAGGUGGUGAAGAGUCUCCAAUUGUGCCUGUUCUUCACCUGUAAUACAUGCACCUUCUAUACUGGGAUUUCACCUGGGGCACCUCUGUAUUUUGAAUAGUUCCAAGUGUGACUAGACAAGAGACCUGCCUUAAUAUAGUCUUCCCCAACCAGGCAUCCUCCAGACAGAUUAGACUGUAGCUUCCAGCAUUCCCCAGGUGGCAAAACUUGGGUGUUUUGGUGCUUGACAUCUAGGAAACAAGAUGUCCUACAUAAUAGCCACCUUCUGUAAUGAAAAGAUGGGGAUAUUGAAUAAGGUGAGCAACAAACCUGACUUAUUCAAAUGGACUUGGUGCUGUGUUGCUUGUAUGGAUGGUGGUAGUUAGUACAUGUGUGAGAGCCAGUGUGUAGUGGUUAAGAGCAUGGGCCUGGGACUCAGAGGAUCUGGGUUCUAGUCCCCGCUCAGCCAUGGAGCCAGCUGGGUGACUUUGGGCCAGUCACAGACUCUCAGCCCAACCUACCUCACAGGGUUGUUGUUGUGAGGAUAAGAUGGAGGAGGAGAAUGAUGUAAGCUGCCUUGAGCGCUUUGUAGGAAAAAGGCAGGAUAUAAAUCAAAAAAUAAAUGUAUAGCAGAAAGGAAAACGGGUGAACAUUAAGCUCAGAGUGUAGUGUGCAGGAGAAGGUGGUGACUGCAAAACUUCAGGGUGUAGAUAAGCUCCCCCCAGGCUUCUGCCUUGCAUGUAGUUUGGGCUGUACCUCUCUCUCAUCCGCAGGCAGCGUGAUGGGAUCUGGAAAUCAAGGCACCAGGUACUCUCCACCCAACUACCUAUAACUAUCAUAGCAUGUCCUAAGGCACAAUCCAAUUUUGAAGACAACUACUGCAGUUCUCUGCUAUGCCCAAUUUUCUAAAUAAAGUUACUUCAAAAUUAAAGCUGAA